AUGACUGUCAAAGUCAGAGGUACAGAUUUAGAUAACCGUUGGAUUGUUCCACAUAAUCCAUAUCUCCUCGCAAAAUUUGAUUGUCACUUGAAUGUAGAAAUUUGCUCAACAAUCAAAGCAGUCAAAUACCUUUAUAAGUACAUUUAUAAAGGUCAUGAUCGUGUUGCUUUCAACUUGAUUCCUGGACAAAACAUCCAAGAUAUAGAUGAAAUCCAACAAUUUCAAUCAGCCAGAUGGAUCGCUCCACCAGAAGCUAUGUGGAGAAUAUACGGUUUUAUUCUUAAUGAAAUGCAUCCAUCAGUUUACAGUUUACAUCUACAUCUUGAAGAUCAACAUCUGGUAGCUUUUCAUGCACAUGACAACCUUAACAAUAUUCUGAGAUCUGAUUUUACGGCAAAAUCAAUGUUGACUGAAUUCUUUUCAACAAAUCAAACUAAUGAAAAUGCACGAAAACUACUGUACAAAGAAUUUCCUGAAGCUUUUGUUUGGAACCAACAACACAAAAUAUGGACUCCAAGAAAGAAGAAAACUGUUAUAGGCCGCAUUGUUACAGCAAGUCCAUUCGAAGGUGAAAGGUAUUACUUACGGAUAUUGUUAAAUCAUAUAAGAGGCCCUUUAUCAUUUGACCACAUCAAAACAGUUGGCAACGUCACUGCACCAACCUUUCGUGAAGCAGCUACAUUACAUGGUUUGUUACAAAGAGAUACCAGUUUGCAAGAUUGUAUGCAAGAGGCUUCCUUAUACCAAAUACCACACAGUUUAAGACGGCUAUUUGCAACAAUUUUAGUAUACUGUAAUCCAACAAAUCCUAGAGAACUUUGGGAAUAUUUUGAACAAGAUAUGUCAAGUGAUUUCCAAACAAGUGUUGCAACAUCAGCAGAUAUUAGGACAAAAGUCUUACGAAGCAUCUCUUCUACACUUGAAUCGAUGGGAAAAGACAUAAACAUGUUUCACUUAAUAGAACAUGAUGUCUCUUUUGAUCAGAACGAAACUGAAGCUAGAGAAAUAAAUGAUGAAUUUGCAGUUUCAAUACCAGAAGAAGAUCUUAUGGCUUCGAUGAGUCUUAAUUCUGAACAACAACACGCAUAUGAAUCAAUUUUGCAGAAAGUCCUUCUAAAUGAAUCUGCUGCAUUUUUUAUUGAUGGUCCGGGCGGAACAGGGAAAACAUUCUUAUAUAAAGCACUUCUCGCUACAGUAAGAUCAAGAAACUUAAUUGCUCUUGCAACUGCAUCGUCUGGUGUUGCUGCAUCUAUUUUACCUGGAGGUCGAACAGCCCAUUCACGCUUCAAAAUUCCAUUAGAUCUUGACAAAAAUAGUACUUGUUGUGUAAGCAAACAAAGUGCUCUUGCCAAAUUGUUACGUCUUGCAAAGCUAAUCAUAUGGGAUGAAGCACCUAUGUCUAGAAAAGAAUGUAUGCAAGCAUUGGAUAAAAUGUUACGAGACAUAACUGAUUCAAGAUUACCAUUUGGUGGAAAAAUUAUCGUAUUCGGUGGAGAUUUUCGUCAAGUCUUACCUGUGAUUCGGAAAGGCACAAGACAAGAAGAAGUUAAUGCCAGUUUAGCAUCGUCAUAUUUGUGGUCUACUUUAACUAAGAUUAGGUUGAGUGAGAAUAUGCGAGCAAGAUUCGAUCCAAACUUCUCAAAUUAUUUACUUCAGGUCGGAAAUGGAACAACACCAAUCACAAUUGAGAAUAAGAUCAAAAUUCCCAAUGAAAUGCUCAUUCCUUACAGAAAUGAUGUGGAGUCUUUAGAUGAUCUGAUCGAUGCAGUCUUCCAAGAUAUUGGCAGCUAUUCAGAAAAUUUAUCCGAAAUGACAAAUCGAGCUAUCUUGACACCAAAGAACAACUCUGUCGAUGAGAUAAAUACAAUACUUAUUCAAAGAUUUCCUGGUACAGUUACACAAUACUAUAGCUUCGAUGAAACGAUUGAUACAUCAGAACAAGGAAUCAUGGAGGAUUUUUUAAAUACAUUGACACCAAAUGGACUUCCACCUCAUGAGCUGUUAUUAAAAAAAAAUUGUCCCAUCAUGUUACUCAGAAAUGUCAAUCCUUCAGAAGGUUUAUGCAAUGGAACACGUCUUAUUUGUCGCAACUUUGAACGAAAUAUCAUUGAUGCUGAAAUUGCAGUUGGUCACCACACCGGAAAAAGAGGCAACCGACUACAAGCAACAAUUUUCGGCAAAGAUAUAGACCUACGUAAUGACAUGUUGCACAUCUUCCGGUCUUACUACAUCAGUAAUGCUUAUGUUAAGCCUUUAGAUCCCAGGCAUAGAAUUGAAGCGCAUGAAUACCAGUGGAUCUUAAAUUCAAGAACAAUCAUCGAAAACAUUCAAGAUAAUGAAGUGGAAUUACAACCACCAGAAUAUGAUAUUAUCCCAUUCACCAAUCUGCAUGAGUACAAAGACACUGGAACUGAAAUAGGAAACAAAUACCACCCGAGCAAUUGUGGCGACGGUCUUAGGGUUUACUACACCCAUCCAUUCUUCGAUCUCAUUGCAAAAGCCAUCGUGUUUGCCUUUACCGAGUCACUUGUUCCAAUUGGCGCGUAG